UCUUUUCCUCUGCGAGAAACGGGAACCAGGAACAGGAGCGGAAUAAUGAAUAACGCGGGAGGGCGCGUGCGCAGCCCCGGGCCUUUGCAGGAAUCCUGAUAUCCUCCACCGUACUCCAGUUAACGCGGAUAACCCGUCGCGGCUCCAUCCCCUAUCGAUGAGUUCUGAAGAUCAGUCCUGUCAAUCACUUUUACCUGUUACUGCAGAACUGGCAGCAUGAGACACCGAUAGCUCCGUAGGUUUACACAGAAAAUGAGGCAAUUUCCUUCGGUAGACAGGGGAGCUGGAGUGAGAAAGAAUAUGCCUGGCAAACGGUGAACUCGAUGAUCUGCUGGCUGCUGAAAAUGAGGUGUCAGAUAAUUUCCCCACUGACUUAGAAGAAACGACCACAUAAUGGCAGACCGUGAUCCCUUCGAUGAUGAGCUGGUGUCGAGUAACACGACCCAAAGAAACUGGCGAGGCAUCCUCAUAGCCCUUCUGGUUAUCGUUGUGGUGUUGGCGCUGAUCGUUACUUCAGUCGUCUUGCUGACACCUCCAGAUGAUGGGCCGAGGAUCAAAGGAGAACGAUUCAAACUGAGCGACGUCAUCGGUAGGGAGUUCCAACCGUUGAGAUUCAAUGGAACCUGGGUCUCAGAUGAAGAACUGUUAUUUAAAGAUCACCUAGGAGGUAUCAGUAUACUUCAUGCUUCCAAUUUGACUGUGAGGACCUUAAUGUCGAAUCAAACUUAUUUUAGGCUGAAUCCCGCCAGAUUUCAGCUGUCACCGGACCAACGUUAUUUGCUGCUGGCUCAAAAUGUGCAGAAACUGUUCAGGCAUUCCUAUCUGGCCCAGUACACCAUUUACGACAUCCAGACCGGAAAUGAUUUUCCUCUUCGGCCGCUACCAGAAAUAGAUAACCAUCCAUACCUCCUACUUGCACGAUGGGCCCCAAAGGGUCAAGGACUAAUCAUGGUGCAGGAUUACGAUAUAUACUACAGAAAAACGCCUACCUCUCAUUCUGGAUACAGAAUCACCAACACCGCUGUUCCUGGGGUAGUCAGCCAUGGCGUACCCGAUUGGUUAUACGAGGAAGAAAUUUUGGGCACAAACUCAGCCUUGUGGAUGUCGAACGACGGUCUUCUGCUGGCUUUCGCCUCCUUCAACGACAGCCUUGUGGAAGAGCUCAGGUUCCCGUGGUACGGGUCCAUGGAUGAAACUCGGCAAUAUCCGGAUAUAAGAUCGUUGAGGUAUCCCAAGCCUGGAACUAGAAACCCCAAGGUCACAUUAACCAUAGCCGAUUUGGCGGACAUUUCGAACGUUAAGAUGAAGAGGGUGCUUCCACCGACAGCCCUCUCGAAAUCAGAGUACUACUUCACCGCAGUAUCCUGGAUCAGUCUUACAGAAAUAAGUGUGGUUUGGAUCAACAGACCUCAAAAUUUGUCAAUCAUCUCGAUUUGCACGAGCCCUAAGUGGGAUUGUAAAGAAACUCAACGUGUAACCAGCGACGGCAACGGUUGGGUGGACAUGGGGGACAGCCCCAUCUUCGGCAGGGAUAGCUCCAGUUAUAUCACAGUGGCGCCGGUCAGGGAUGGACCGGCGGGUUUCUUCAGACACGCUGUGUAUGUGAAUAUACCUAAAAGGAGGAUCAUACCACUCACGCACGGGAAGUACGAGGUGACCAGAAUCCUAACCUGGGAUCAUUCGAACGACGUAAUAUAUUUUCUCGGGGUACCCAAGAACAAACCAGGCCAGCAGCACCUGUACAGGGUGACGUCUGUACCACCACGCACAGGCGCAAUCCUUCCACCCCCUGUAUGCCUCACCUGCAUACCAGAACCGGUACCAACAGAACCGCCAUAUUUUAUGGACGACCUCUACCUGACCAAAAUGAAGCAGUUGGACGAUGACGAUGACACAGCAACCAUAACCACUCCAACACCACGAAGAAAAAAGCCGAAGAAGCAGAAAAUGCCCGACUCCGAAAUGUCCUGCCUCUACCACAACGUGAUCUUCAGUCCACACUCUACCUACUUCGUGGUAGACUGUCUAGGACCGAGCGUUCCAACCUCUUCCCUGUACAAGACGAAAAUGCCCAAACCGGAGUAUCUGAUAUGUCUUCAGAACAACACGCUGCUCAAGGAUAAGUUACAGAAGAUGGCGAUGCCCCAGAUAAAAACAUUCCCGGUGAUAAUAUCGGGCGGUUAUCAGGCCCACGUGAGGCUCCAUCUACCCCCAGGUCUCAGGGAAGACGAAAUCACCAGAUACCCUCUGGUGGUGCAAGUCUAUGCAGGGCCAGGCAGUCAACUAGUGACGGAACGUUGGAGGAUUGACUGGAACACCUACCUCACCGGCAAUAAAGACUUUAUUAUUGCACAGAUAGACGGAAGGGGAUCUGGGGGACAAGGACAACAGCUUCUGCACAAGGUCUAUUAUAAGUUAGGGUCUAUUGAGGUUGCCGAUCAACUGGAAGUUACAGAGUACUUGAGGGAUACCUUACACUUCAUCGAUAAGAAGAAAGUGGCUGUUUGGGGAUGGAGCUAUGGAGGAUUUGUUGCUGCACUAGCAUUGGCCAGUCCGAAAGCUGUGUUUCAAUGUGCUGUUGCAGUGGCUCCUGUGAUCAACUGGAAAUUAUACGAUUCUGCAUACACGGAGAGAUACAUGGGUCUCCCUAAUGUGACAGAAAAUUAUAAGGGAUACGAUGAGGCGGAUGUGUCGAAGAAAGCUCAAUUUUUCAAAGAUAAAAUGUUUUACUUGAUACACGGAACAGCAGAUGAUAAUGUACACCUACAACAGAGCAUGGCAAUGGUCAGGGCUUUGAGCGAUGCUGGUGUACUUUUUAGACAACAGAUAUACGCGGAUGAGAACCACGGCCUUGGUGGCGUGAAAAAACACCUCUACAGGAGCAUGGCUGAGUUUCUAGACGACUGUUUCCAGAAGCAGGUGCCCCCAGAGUUCAAAGCGGGGCUCAGAAAUGACCCGGAGUAGUAUACAAUUGACGAUUUCAUUUCGGGAGGUUAACGAUAUCAGUUUCCGGUUUCGAAUUGACUGACAGACAAGCACACACAGCAAACGAACGAAUUACCUUAUUUCUCAACACAUCAAUUUCAGUUUCUUCGUGCGCGCGUAAUAAUAAACCGACAAAUGCGCAAAUCCUAUUUUGACGAAAAAAAUCCGGCGUCCAACCCGCGUUUUGGACGCUCCGAGUGAUGAAAGUGCCAAAUUUUUUGAUGUUUGAUGUUUUCGUACGAAAAAUGUAUAUUCGUGACAGCAAUCGGUGGACCGCUGGGAGGUCGAGCCCUCGGGAACACGAAAAAAUUUGAUGUUUCGUCACCCCCACGCUCUGUAAAUAUUGUGAUAAUGGGGUAUUUUCGCCUUGUCGAACUAAUACUCGUAUGACGGAUGAGAGAAGGAAAAAUGUUGACGCGUUUUCAGAUAUUCACCUACAUUUUCGGGAGUUUGGAUGCUGCAUCAUAAAGUGCAGACAUUAAGUUCAUCUGGCAAAUUGAGACCAGAUUCGCGAGCUGGAAAUUUUUUUCGAAUUUACGUGCGUAACUGCCACAGACACAUUGAUAACUUGAGUUUUUACGAUAUUCCCUCUUAACUUCUCUACUCUCUCCAUCAUUACAUUCCAUCAGUGGAGAUCGGAUCACAAAAUAAUUUUAGGCGAAGCAUACUAUUAUUAUGAUUAUGAUCAAUAACAAACGAAUGCAAAUGCAUUUAAUUCGGUCUCUAUUCAUUAAAGUGAGGAGCAAAGUAUAUAUAUUACCCUGCUGAAGGGGUGUAUUGAGAAAGAUAUACCUGACAUACAUACCUCUUUAAAAUCCCAAUAACAGUGCAAGAAUGAAGAAAGAGAUAUUGUGUCUUAUUUGCAAUUUAAUUUCUAUAGGUUUUAGAAGAAUGAUUCAACUUCAUAACUUCCCCGUUUAUAUCGAAUAACAAUCAUACGUAGAAUAACUAAUGUUUGUCGUUAUUCGAACCUAAGUGAUACGUCAAAUAUAUAGUCCAUCUCAAAAUUUAGUCUGUGAAAAUGUGCGUAAAUAAUCAACUGACAAAACUUCCUCCUUUACCUAUCCUUGUUAUUAUCGAUCUAAAUGACAGUUUCGAAAUAAGAGCAAUAUAUGUGAAUAUAACAAAAUAACUAGGUAUAUAUGAAUUUUAGAGGUGAUACAUGGAUGAAGCUCCCUUAAUUUUCCUGCAAGAAUUCUUCGGAUUCCACCAAUAUAUAUAUACUUAACUGUAGAGUGUAGUAUAGAAGUAUUCAGCUCAGCAAUAAAGACGUUUCUAACGGAAUAACGUAGUUCUCGUUGUGAAGUCAAUAAAAUUCGAAUCCUGGCAGAUGAAAGACUCGGAAAAUCCAGCAAAAGCAAUUUGUACAUAUAGAUUAUCGGACAUAUCUCCAUAAUAGUAGGCCAUUGUUAUUUCAACUGACGCCCAGUUGUCCGUUAAUAUUUAAGGCUCCAUUAAAAUUUUAAUCCUUCAUUAUUAAAUAUAAUGGGACGUUGAAUCUUAAUGGAUGUUCCUGCAACUGGUCCUAAAUUUACCUAAUGCGUGACACUAUUAUUACCUUUAGACACAUCAGCCAUUAUAGAAUACUAUAAAUUUUUUAACAAAUGGUAAAUUGUAAAUAGAAGUGUUUUAGAUAAUCACAUUUCUUGCGUAGAGAUAUUAGACUCCAAUGUUAGCUCGGCAAGUAAUUACUUGCUUUAUCUAUCGACCAAUAAAUAACUUGAACAAAUUGUAAUAUACUUACACUAGUUACAAAAAAUUAAUUGAAUAUAGUAGCCUGAACUAUGGCCAUCAAGAGGAACUAUAGUUUUUACAUUCCAACUUCGCCAAAAUUGUCGUCACUUUUGAUCAAUCAUAGGUAAACUCAACUUUCAACUAACCUAAAAAUUUAAGCACUUGCCGAAAAUGUAUAUGAGAAUCCAGUUUCUUCCAAACAAAUUGUAUUGUUCUUCAGUUCCGAAAAUUUAUUAAAAAAAUCAAUAUUUCUAUUCGAGAUCAUUUAUUGCAGUACCUAUGGACAAUUUUUUUUAUUUGAUGUGAAUAUAUAAAAACAUCGAAAAACUACCUACGACGUUAUUAUACAAAUUAUUCCUUGUUGAAUUUUCCAAAAAUAAUAAUAAAGAUUGAUGAUAUUGUAUAUAAAAUUGUAAAUUUCUAGCUUGUUGAAAAUCUCAUUGCAGUUCAUAUUAUAAACUUGAUUCCUAAAUAAAUUCUGAAGAAUAGCAAUCAAAUUAUUUUUA